AUGAUGCCCAUCAACCGCCUCCAACUCAUCGUCGCCAUCAGAGACUUUGGACACCACUGGGUACUCUCGGGCACCCACAACACACCCGCAAACGCUCCCCCCGGAGCCCAGCCCGGUCACCACUUUGUCAGCCGCCGUUACAGGUUCAUCACCUACAACGAGGCCGUCUCCUUUGUCAUCAAGGUCGGCUCCUACGUGCGCACCUCGAGCUACAAGCCCCCCCUCGGCAUCACACUCGACCCCAUCUGGCCCGCCGUCAUCAUCAGCGCACCCGUCCGCAGAGGGAUCCGCAAGGACGUCGGCGGCCUCCGCGCCUCUUCGGGCAAGAUGCAGGAGCGCCUUCGCGAGAUCCUCGCCCAGCUCACCGACCAGCAAGCCAGCGACAAUGUCGAGCUCAUCGCCGAGAGGGACCAGCUCGUUUCGCAGCUGCGCGACCGCUACCUGCCCUUUGGCUGGGACGCCAUCGUCGGCAGGAUCGACCGGCAGAUCUCCGAGGCCUACGAGCGCACAGACUCGGGCCAGGAGGGCGCCGUGCUGCCCGUGGACCCGAUUUACAGGAUGGAGUUGAGGAACAAGCAGCUGCAGCAGCGGCGUUCACAGAGGGAGGAGCAGAAUUUGCGGGAGUCGCAGGAGCCGCAGGAGCAGCAGGAGUCGCACGAGCAGCACGAGCAGCACGAGCAGCACGAGCAGCAGGAGCAGCAACUCGACCAGCGGGUGCCCUUCCCCAUUCCCGCAUCGGCCGAAGAGAUGGGAUCGCCGCCGGCGCCCUCGCAGUCGGAUCGCACGCCGCCGCGCACCGCCAACGCUGAUGCCGAGGAGCAGGACAGCCGUCGCGUCGAGACUGACGGCCAGAGCCUGCAAGAUCGGGUGCCGUUCCCCAGCGCUACGUCCGAGGGCCAGAGCGCAGGGGCGAAACGCACUCGGCCGCGUACGGCCAAUGCCGAGGCCGAGGAGCAGAAUAGCCGUGUCGAGGUCGAUGGUGAGAGCCUCGAGGAGCGGGUACCUUUCCCCAGCGCCGCGCCCGAGGGCCAGAGCCACGAGCAGGAUCACACGCCAGCGCGCACCGCCAACGCCGAUGCCGAGGAGCAGGACAGCCAGCGAGUAGAGACGGAUGGGCAGAGCCUCGAAGACCGCGUGCCCUUUCCGAGCGCCACGCCGCAGGGGGAGGGAAAGCUGUAG